AUGAGCAUCGAGACGCUGCCUGUCGAGCUCCUUGAGCACAUCAUCGAAGCCGCCCUCCCGCCCAUCACCUCCAGCGACACCGUCUCCGCCCGCUACAAUACCCUGCGCACCUGCUGCCUCGUCUCGCAGACAUGGCGCAGCGUGGCUCAACCUCUGCUCUUCGACUCGAUGCACCUUGGCAAGACGAGCCCAAUGAACCACGGCGCCGUCUUGGGAACGCUGCGGCGGUCGCAGAAGCUGGCGAGGAGGGUUCAGGUGUUCAAGGUCUUCGAUAUGCGCAACAUGACCCGAGAAUGCGACGAUGAGAUGGUCGCCAUUAUGCGCGAGCUCUCUGCGGUCGAGGAGAUCUACCUUUGCUCGCCUGGAACGCUCGACUUGGCGCUUUUUGCGGAUAUCCCCUCACUCCAGCAUCUCAGCAUAUACGCCGGCAGAUUCACGAGCUCGGCUUUUACGACUUGCCCCUUUCCUCGAUUGCGAACGCUCUCGCUUUGCGGCUGCGACUGGCUCGAAUCGGCCAAGCCAGUCCUCGCACCCGCUCACCUCCCAUCACUUUGUGCGCUCGCAUACCUCUACUCCCCAACUUGGCAGCCCGACCUCGCCAUCUUCCCGCCCUCGCUUCGGGUCGUCUCCAACUACAACCUUCGACCGACGCACGGUGACACAAGCGACAGGACGCUGUACGAGAACCGCUUCGACAUCGUUAUGGAGACGUCGGAGGAGAUCAGCAUCGCCGACUCGCUGAACGCACCGGUCGUUCGGCACCUCCUCUUCACCGACAUCUAUGCCCCCGAUCCUGUCGACAGCCUUGCUCAGCUCGUCGCGCGGGAUCCAGCUCUGCGGCACCUCGAGACCGUCUACAUCUCCCUCGCCAACUCGCAUGCGGCCGGGGACUGCGCCGGCGCCAAAGCAGCGCUCGACCACCUCGCCAAUACGCGCUCCUUCCGCAUCAUCGAGCUAGAGUGGGAGGGUCAGUUCCUAGAAGGAUCACUUAUCCCGCCGACGUUCCUGUAA